AUGAAUUAAGAGAAAGAUUGCUCUUAUAUGUAAUAGGUUAAAUUUGAUUUGCGUCGACGAAGAAUGCAUAAUGUGCCUUCAGUAUUUAAUUGUGAAGCUCAGAAACGUAGGAAUUCUUUCUCUCUGAGUUCUGAUGCUUGUAAGAGUCCUUAGAGGAAGGCAACAAAAUACUUCGAAAAUCAAAAUCCAGGAUAGAAUGCUUAUUUUUGGAGUUUGAUAAAAUCAAAAAGAAAUGAAAAUGAAUAGUUUGUUUAAGUGUUGAAAUCUAUAUGUCCUAUUUAAGUAAAUGAAGUUGAAGCAAGAUUAUAAUUUUUGUUAAGAAACUUUGGUUAUGAAGAUGAGAAAUCUAUGUUUGAAAUAAUAGAAAAUAUAUAAUAAGGAUAAAGAUGUUAAUAAUGGACAUAGGAAGAAUCACGUAUUUUGAUUUGGGCUAUUUGUAAAUUGGGAGUAUAACAUAAUUAAUGGAAGGAAUUAGGGAAUUUAUUGAAUCGUUCAGUGAAAGAAUUGAAAACACAUUGGACUGAAUUAAUUCAUCAUACAUAAAGAGGAUUAUUAUGGACAGGAUAGGAAGAUUAAACAUUAUAAAAUAUGAUAAUGACUUAUUUGAAUAAUUCAUAGACAAUAAAUUGGAAAUGUAUGGCAAAUGUAUUAAAUAAGUCUGAUAAAUAAUGUUAAGAUCGUUGGUAUAAUACACUUGAUCCAUCUAUUUCAAAGGAGGCUUUUAAAAUUGAAGAUGAUUUAUAAUUAUUAUAAUUAGUUUAGAAAUAUGGAAAAAGAUGGAAAAGAGUAUAAAGAGAGUGGUCAUUAAAUAGAAAGAGAUCUCGUUAUGAUUUGAAAAAGAGAUUUUAUGAAUUAUUAAAUUAACCAGAUUCUGGUUAUGAUAGUGAUACAUCUUCAAAUUCAUCAUCAAAAUAUAGGAAAUUGAAUUAAGAUGAUAUGGAUAAAAUAUAGAAACUGAUUUCUGAAAUGUAAAUAAGUGAAGGAAUGUAAUUGGAAAAUAAAUUAGGAAAAGAUAAAUUAUUAAAAAAUAAAUUAUUAAGUAUAGCUAAGAGUGAUCUUGAUAAGAUGUUGAAUUAAUAAAGAAAAAUAAAAAUUUAAUCAGCAAGUACACCAACAGAUGAAAAAAAAAAUGAUAUUUAAGAAGAACCUGAUGAAGUAAUUAUGAAUACUCCUUCAAUUAUGAAUUCAUUAUCAAGAUGUUUAUUAAAAAUUAAUUUAGAAACAGAAGAUGAUUAAUUAUCAAUUGAUAAAUUAGCUAUUCCAAAAGUUUAAUAUAAUGUUGAUUCAGUAGAACAUCUUAAACAUGAAGAUAUUUUUGAUAUCUAAUUUGCAUUAGUUAAUGAUAAAACAAAUACUUUAUAUUAUGCUAAUUUAGAAUUCAUGUAAUAAUUAAUUAAUUUAAUUACAAAUCAAAGAAAAUUGAUGUAAUUAACUGAUAUGAAUAAAUAACCAUAGAAAACUAAAAAGAAAUUCAGUUCUUAAUAAUUAAUUCAAGUAUAUCCUAAUAAAGUAGGAUUGUCAUAAUUUAGUUAAGAUGAUGCUAAAUAACAAUGA